AUGGCGACGCAAGACACUUACAGAGCUGCGAUAAUUACUGCUUUUCACUCGGGACGUGUGGUUGAUGGCACCUUUGCGGAGUACACGCUCGUGCCCGUGCGGUAUCUCACCAGGAUUCCUGAGCGGUUUGAUGAUCUUUCCGACGAGGAGGUAGCACCAGUUCUCUGCGGUGGAGUAACGGCAUAUAAGGCAAUCAAGUGCUGUGGCGUUGUUCCUGGACAGUGGGUUGCGGUUUCUGGAGGAGGUGGCGGCGUCGGAGCGUUCGCUGUGGCAUAUGCAAGAGCCAUGGGAUAUCGUGUCAUUGCCCUGGAUGCUGGCAAGGAGAAAGGAGAGUAUUCACUUGCUCAGGGAGCCGAGCAUUACAUUGAUGUCACCGCGACGGAUGAUGCGGGCGAGGCCGUCAAGCAGCUCACGGACGGGAUCGGAGCCAGGGCUGUCAUUGUAGCAGCUGGAGUUGGCGCAGCAUACAGAGCAGCCUUCAGCAUGCUCGGACCUUUUGGCACACUAAUGUGUGUCGGAAUCCCUCCUCCGGACCAUCUUGUAAACUUUCACCCCGUCUUCUUCGUCUCCAAAGGAUGGCGUGUUUUGGGCUCGGCUGUCGGCACAAGAACCGAUAUUCUGGAGGCCUUAGAAUUCGUAAAGAGGAAACUGGUGACACCAAAGAUUCAAUGGGGUAAAUUUGAGGAUAUCGCGUCUCUCCUAGUUGAUGUCGCAAAGGGAAAAAUACAAGGAAAGUACGUUGUGAAACUGUCGAAAUAG